AUGGCGCGCGGGGUGACAACCCAGCGCGUUGAAUUCGCCAAGGAGGUCACCUCCAUUCGUCCUCCCAGAGACGAUGAGUUGUGGGUCAUGACCCAAUUCGCCAGACAUGCCGCCAAGUGCGACGACUGUCGGGAUCCUUACGGUGCUUUCAAGCAAGACCGCCUCCUCUGCGACAAGGGGAAUGCCUUGGCCCGAGAUGUGGCCAACUACCUCUACUCCAAAGGAGACAAGCCCUUCUCCGUCAUCAACAAGAAGGAGGGCGAGCGCAUGCAAGUCGAGGUCCCUGCUGACUGCAAGGUCAUUGAAAGCCUCGUCAAGGCUUUUGGCCGCGGCCUGGUUUUGAGGGUUCCCAAGCCCGUUAAGCCCGCCGCACCGGUCGUUCUCAUGCCCAAGGUGGACAAGCAUGACCAGUAUGAGAGAGUCGAGAAGAUCGAGAAGUACGACCGACCAGCCUAUUAUCCCUCUCGACCGGACCAAGACGUCAAGGUUUACAGAAAGAAAGAGUACCACGUCGACGAUCGGCCCAGAGAACGGCGUUAUCGAGAAGGUGACGUCGACAUGGUCGAGAUCGUCCCCGUCUCAGCUCGACGGGAGAGGAAGGAGAAGGUGUACUAUGGCAACCGGGUCGAGGAGCGUCCUCGAUACGAGCGCAAAGAGCGGCCCAAGUCGGUCAGCUACCCGGAGAGAAAGGGUAGCCUCUACGAACGAGAUGAAGAGGAGCAGAGACGACGACAACGGUACGAGGAGCAACCGAUCGUCAUCGUCUCUGGACCUAGGCAUUACAGGCGGUGA